AUGUCUCGCAUAACCGAUUUCGUUGAUGAUAUUGAUGAUUCCAAAGAAACAUUGCGUCUGGCUGUUUGUAUCAAUGACCUAUGGAGCGUCGUUAAUAGCAAAGGUGUCAAACACCUUGAGAUGGUGGUGAUGGAUUCAAAGGUUAAUUGUGAUCGGAUACAAGUGUUGGUUCGCCGUGACCAUACCUCUAAAUGGAAGCAGUUGUUGAAAGAGGAUAUAACUUGCAUCAUAAAUAAUGGAAAUGUUUAUGAUAAUGAUUUUCAAUGGAAGCUGUGUGACCAUCCUAAAAAAUUUGUUUUCUUUAGCGGUACAACUGUUAAACCAAUUGAGCUUAACAAUAUCCCUUCUAACAGAUAUUUCUUCAAAGAUUUUUCUGAUAUCCUCAAAGGAGAAUGUAAAAUGGACAGACUUCAAGGUGUGGUUCAUGAGAUCGAAAACUGCCAAUCCAAGGCUGGAGGAAAAAAGAUAGUGAUUUCUUUUAAACUGAAAGAUUUGGGGUUGUCUGACUCUCAGAAUAAUGAAAAACCAUCGCAAUCCACACAGACGAUAUCUACUUGGUCUGGGUCAACCCAAUACACAUCAAUUGAUAAGUUUGUUUAUAAUGUCAAAUGUAUGUUGUUAACGGAUUUGUCCAAGUUAAAACAGGAGAUUAUUUGUGUUACUGGGGCUACUACUUUAAAAUUUGUUGUUCCUAAAAAUGGAUGGUUCUACUAUGGAUGCACCGACUUCACUUUGAAGGCUCCGAAUCCAGAAAAUCCGUAUAAAUAUGGAUGUGGCGAAAAUGUUAUGAAACCUAUACCAAGGUAUAAGGUUGAGAUACAUGUAGUUGAUGGAGAUACCAAAAUCCGUUUUGUAUUUUGGGAUAGCGGUUGUUUUAAUAUCAUAGGAAAAACAACCGACGAUAUGCGCAAAUCCAUGAUAGAGGAUGGUGAAGAUGAUCCUAUGGUCUAUCCAGACGAACAUGAAACCCUGUUGAAAAAGAAGAUGGCUUUUAGAGUUAUGGUGCAGCCAACAUUCAAUCAAGGUUCGGUUCAGAAGCUUUUAACCGAUGAGUCCUCCAUUGAUCAGAUUCUACAGAACCACAUCAAAUACGAGGUAACCAGACUCGACAAACUAUUAUAA